UUUUAAAUAGGUUCUAUAUAUUAGUUUCAGAAUUAUACUUUUUCACUGAAUUCAUUUUCCAUAUCCAUUUUUCUCUGUGCAUGCAUGCUAAAUACAAUUAUUAGUAAUACUUAUUUCACUACAAAGAGCAGCCUGCGGCACUGCGAUGGCGUCUACUACUAAUGCACCGUUAUCACCUGCAAUUAAGCACUAACAAAAGCACCAAGCCGUAGAAAAAAACAAUAAAACCCAGAAAUAAGCUAAAAGUAAACUGAAGGUAAACAGCAAGGGGACAAUAAUGCGAUUAAUACAGCCACGUGAAAAAGUAUGCUACGAAAUAUGUCCAGUGAGUUGCUAGUUACCUGAACGCAACACUAGGUGGCGCCGAGGAAAGUAAAAUCAGAGGACAUCGAGAAUAGAGAAGCGGAAGCACGGACUUAGAACACUAUUAGGCACCAACACACACCCGCACAGCACCCACUAGUAUACCUAGAAUACCCUGUAAUAAAUCGAAUAAUAAUUAAACACAAUCAUGGCCAACACAGCUCAGCUAUUGCGUCGCCAAAGCUCCCGGGAUAUAGUGCUCAAGAGCCAGAAGAGCAUCGAUCAGCUGGAAUUGAGGGAACUCCGAGGUCGCCUGGUGACAAAGGAGCAUGGCGUCAGCCACCACCACCACACAUCACUGCACCACCAGCCGCUCUAUGGCGCCACCAACCAGGGCUUCAUGUCCGACGCCUUCGACGAGUCCUCGGAACUGGAACAGGAUCCGCCGCCCUUCGGCUCCGAGGCGAGCACUUCGAAGGCCAAGGCCGAACUGGUGGCCAUUGCGACUGCCUCGUCGGAUCAGCAGGACAUCGUCGAGGGCGAGAAGGAGGGCGAGGAGCGGGAGAGCUGGGACAGCAAGAUCAUGUUCUUGCUGGCUACCAUCGGCUAUGCCGUUGGCCUGGGAAAUGUGUGGCGUUUUCCCUAUUUGGCCCAAAAGAAUGGCGGCGGUGCCUUCCUGGUGCCCUACUUCAUAAUGCUGUGCAUCCAGGGCAUUCCGAUCUUCUACCUGGAACUGGCAAUUGGCCAGCGACUGCGAAAAGGAGCCAUUGGCGUUUGGAGCCAAGUGUCGCCGUAUCUAGGCGGCAUCGGGAUCUCAUCGGCAGUGGUCAGCUACAUAGUGGCGCUGUACUAUAACACCAUAAUCGCCUGGUGCCUGAUUUAUCUGCUACACAGUUUCGAAUCGCCAUUGCCCUGGGCGGACUGUCCGACGAGGUUGUAUAAGAACUUUACCUACGACCAUGAACCGGAGUGUGUCGCCUCCUCGCCGACGCAAUUCUACUGGUAUCGCACCACAUUGCAGUGCUCGGAGAGUGUAGAUCUGCCGGAGAACUUCAAUUACCACAUGGCCAUUGCGCUAAUCGUCUCCUGGUUUUUGGUCUACAUCUGCAUGGUCCAGGGCAUCACGUCAUCCGGCAAGAUCGUCUAUAUGACGGCUAUAUUCCCGUAUGUGGUGCUCAUAAUAUUCUUUUUUCGAGGUAUCACUCUCAAGGGAGCUGCAGAUGGGGUAGCACACUUGUUUACCCCUCGAUGGGAAACUCUAUUGGAUCCAGUUGUUUGGCUGGAGGCCGGCACCCAGAUCUUCUUCUCGCUGGGACUGGCCUUUGGCGGUCUGAUUGCCUUCAGUUCGUACAAUCCGGCGAAUAAUAACUGCUACAGGGACGCCAUACUCGUGUCGCUCACCAAUUGUGGCACCUCCAUGUUCGCCGGAGUGGUGGUCUUCUCUGUCAUCGGGUUUAAGGCCACGGCGACCUUUGAUCGAUGCACCGAGGAGCGUAAUGGGUUAAUGGCCCAGAACAAGACUCACAACCUGCCCGUCUGUGAUCUGCAAACGGAACUGGCCAAUAGUGCUUCAGGAACAGGAUUGGCCUUCAUCAUCUUCACGGAGGCAAUCAAUCAGUUUCCGGGGGCCCAACUCUGGGCCGUUCUAUUUUUCCUGAUGCUCUUUACCCUGGGAAUCGACUCGCAAUUCGGGACUCUGGAGGGUGUGGUCACAUCCCUGGUGGACAUGAAGCUUUUUCCCAACCUGCCCAAGGAAUAUAUUGUGGGGGCCCUCUGCUUUUCCUGCUGCAUGAUUUCCAUGUGCUUUGCCAAUGGGGCUGGCAGCUAUAUAUUUCAGUUGAUGGACAGUUUCGCAGGCAACUUCCCGCUGCUGAUCAUUGCGCUUUUCGAGUGCCUCUCGAUCAGCUACAUAUACGGUGUGCGCCGAUUCUCGGACGACAUCGAGAUGAUGACCGGAUCGCGGCCGAAUUUCUACUGGAUGUUCUGCUGGAAGUAUCUAUCGCCCUGUGCAAUGGUCACCAUCCUGCUGGCCUCCUUUUAUCAACUUCUGACCGAGGGCAGUAGUUAUCCCGCCUGGAUUGCAUCCAAGGGUGCCACUGAGAGCAUGGAGUGGCCCCACUGGUGCAUCGUCGUGGCCUUCUUCCUAAUACUCUCCUCCAUUCUGUGGAUACCGAUUGUGGCGGUGCUGCGUUUGUGUGGCAUCAAGGUGGUGGAGGACUCGGACCCCGCCUGGUUUCCCGAGGCGGAGCUGAGGGAAGUCCACGGCAUCGUGCCACAUGAGCCAACCGAACUGGAGCGCAGCAUUUUCUGCUUCAACAUGGACGGCACGGAGGGCAUGUGCUGCCCAAAGUACGGACUACCGGAAAAGUCGCUAGAAGAGGAGGAGUAGAUACCGAGGAUACCAGAAAAACAGAAAAACAGAAAAAGAGUAGACAACAACGACAAUAAAACCAGAUGAAUUCUUGCGGGAAAGCAAACCGAAAUAGAUACGGAGCAAAUAUAUAAUGAAUCUCGAUGUAAAUAUGGACAAUAAGUAAGCACUCACCGAUGUAAGGCGGCGUCGAUAUCAAAACACUCCUAUAUGGUCCCAAAGACUGUUUGAAGAUAAAACGAAAAAAAAAAAAAUGAAAAAAGAAAAUAUAUAAUGCAAAGCAACCACAACAAGGAAAAUAGGAAAAUAGCAAUACUAUGUAGAUAAAACUCGACGCUGGAUGCGCGGUUUCAUUCAAGCAGAAAGCUAUAGAAAACCAUAAAAGAAGGCCGAAAUCAAUGGAAAUAUUUCCGCAAAACUUCAUUAGCAUGUGGCCAUAUAUAUACGCGAUUAUUGUUUUCCAUUGCCUUUCUUUUUUUUCGGGUUUGUUUUUUCGAAAAGGGCAGAGAGAGUGAAGAGUUGUUAUAUGGCCACCCUUAUAGGGUAUACAUAUCCGAUUUCGCUAUCGAAGAGAAAACGUACAAUUUGCCACAAACACAAUUUGCUGACUAUAUACGAUAUAUAUAUGAUAACUAUAUUCGAUAACUACGCUGUAUUCUAGACUUAAUUGUUUAAUUUGACCAUAUCAUGCGAGGGGCAUCAUAAAGGGGCACCACCUAUAAGAGAUAUAUGUUUAUGUUUAACUAUAACUAUAAAGUAACUAUACCAACCACAGUUCAUUCUCUGUUGUGAUCAGCUCGGCUUUCUGUGUUUACUCUGCACGUGUAGGCGGAAUCAAGAAAUCAUAUCACAUCCGAAACUAUGCUUAAAACUUAAAAACCACUUUAACGUCUCAGUGUUAUAGAUAAUUAAAGGGGGAGAGAUAUGUACAUGUAUAUUGGACAUGCGUUAUGUUUUGCUUUAAUUAAAAGUUAUACGAAUAAAAUUACUUGUUGGUAGCCGUUAUCAUCGCCACACUCCAUUGUACUUAUGGCCUAUAGGUAUAUCUGAAGUUAUACAUUUACAUUACAAACGAACAGUAACAAAUCGCAAACGCAACCGUUCAAAUAGGUGGAAAAGGAACCCUAUAAAGAUAUAUAUACAUAUACAUAACUGGAGAAGGCAGCUUAAGGUUUAACGACUCAUUAUAGCAUUGAAGAACUAAUAUUAUACAAAUUAAAGAAUAUAGUAUAAAUAUAUAUAUACAUAUAUUUAUGUGUUUCGAAAUGCAGCUAAUGGGUGCGUGAAUUCGUUUUAAAACACAGUUCUGGACACUUCUGGGCGUUUUUCAAAUCGAUCAAAAACCUCUUUAAAAUAAAUUCACUCCUCCAUGUAGCAAUUGAUGGCACUGUAUUAUAAGUUCUACAUUUCUUUAUGGUACACUUAUACAUAUACAUCGAUAUAUUAUACACAUCUAUUUAGAUUGAAAGGAACACAUAUAUUAUACAUGUAUUAAAUGUUAUUGAUGUUGACAAUAAAGGAACCCCUACGAAACGAGUUUUAAACCAAAUCGAAAGAGAUGAGAUAUAUGGGCAAUCUUCUACUACCCGCAGAUAAAACACAAAUGGAACACACAGUUUGCGCAAAUCCAAAUGAAUAGUAAUAUAUUUACGAUAAACAAUAAAAAUCAUAUUAUCACAAAAAAUGCGAUUAUUAUUACUAAAUUGUUAUCCUUGUUUUCCCAGCUCCCAAGGGUCUUGUAAUUGU